GUUCACCUGAUGGAUGUCCAGAUGGCAGUGUUUCAUUGUGCUGAUGGUUUCCUGAAGCAGCUGAUGGUGACUAAACUGUCCCAGUGUCAGUACGCUCUGCCCCUGCUUGUUCCUGAUCCAGACACACAACAGAUUGAGUUUCCUCUCUGGACAUUCAGACAAAUCAACAAGAGCUGGAAGAUCAGAAACACCAACAAUGAAGCCAUCAGUCAAAGAGAGCCGAUCUACAAGGCAGAAACUCCAAUGGUGUUUUUCUUCAGGUUUGGCUCUGUGUCGUCAUCCAAGUCUCAGCUGAUGAACAAUCUGAUCAAUGAGAAACACAACACGUUCUUCCACAGGAACUGCCCAGGCAGCAGCAGAACCAGAGUCCUGAUGGAUGGAGUGGUGGAGAUCGCCUGGUUCUGCCCAUCUGGAUCAUAUGAUGAUAAAUUCACUGAGUGUGUAGCGUUCUGUAAUCUACACGGUGAUGCAGGAGACCAUGAGAAACAGCUGCAGAUCCUCACUGAAAUGGCCUCAGUCAAUGUUGUUCUUCUGCCACGACUGGACAGUAAUGACAGAAACAUGAUAAAACUUCAAGAAUAUUAUGAGGACUCAAAGCCACUCAUUUGUCUUCACACUGAGGAUGUUUCAACUGUCACUGAGACACAAACAGGACAAUUCACAAUCGGCCUGAAAGGCAGAAAUCAGUCAGAUGUUUCUGAAGAACUCUAUAGAGCUAUAAAUGUUUGUCUCUCAGAAUCAUCUUCCACUUUCAGUCUUAAAGAUGUGUCCAAACACUCAGACAUCAGAGUAGAUGAGGAAGAUGAUGAUGACUGCAGGAGAGGAAGAGCAGCAGCACAGCAGAUGAUGAGUUUACUGGAGAAGAAAGAUCUGACAGAAAUCAAAGAAUCAUUUCUGCCUCAUCAGGGGAAACUGUGGCAUCAGUGGAGUCAGAAGAAUAAAGAACUGCAUCGACCUCCAGCAGAUGAGAUAGAAACUGACAUCAGAAGAAAACAAACAGAGAUGAGGAAAAUCCGUCAACAGCAGCAUAGAUCUUACAUCAGUGAGUUUAUGAAGCUCUUCAUUAAAGAAAUGAACUCAGAUGCUGCAAAUGAGAAGGUGUUUUUCCUCAAAUGGCUCAGAAUCCUCCUGGAUGAAUAUACAUCAGCUGAUAUUUCUGAUCUACAUCAAAAAUAUCAUGAAAAGUGGUCAACAGUAUUAAAACGGAAAGAGUAUCAUUAUAAAUCGGAACAACUCAAAGCUGAACAAGCAGAUCUUGAGAGGAUGUCUGAGGAUCUUCAAGCUGUAAACUUUGGUUUGGAGCACAUCAUGAGGGAGAUCGGUCAGAUCUAUGAAUCAUGUUCAUCUGUUAAUGAGAACAAGAAAGACCUACAGGUUCACUUCUCUUCUCUCCCGAGUCUCGCAGCAGAGAUGAUGAUCUCUGGAUUUCCACUGGAGCUGAUGGAUGGAGAUGCUGCUCAUGUUCCUGUGAUCUGGAUCUCUGCUGUUCUAGAUCAACUCAUCCAGAAACUGGGAGACGAGACCAGAGUCUUUGUGCUGUCAGUUUUAGGGCUUCAGAGCUCUGGGAAAUCCACCAUGCUGAACGCUAUGUUUGGACUCCAGUUUGCGGUCAGUGCUGGCAGGUGCACCAGAGGAGCUUUCAUGCAGCUGCUCAGAAUGUCAGACAAGAUGAAAACAGAAAUGAACUUUGAUUAUAUUCUGGUUGUUGAUACUGAGGGUCUUCGUGCUCUAGAACUGGCUGGAAGAUCAAUAAGACAUCAUGACAAUGAACUGGCCACAUUUGUUGUUGGUCUUGGAAAUCUGACCUUGAUCAACAUCUUUGGAGAAAACACAGCUGAGAUGCAGGACAUUCUUCAGAUUGUUGUUCAGGCCUUCAUGAGGAUGAAGAAGGUCAGACUGAAUCCCAGUUGUGUGUUUGUGCAUCAGAACGUUUCAGACGUCACAGCUGGAGAGAGAAACAUGAAGGCAAGGAGACGACUGCAGGAGACACUGGAUGAGAUGACAAAACUCGCUGCUAAAGAGGAAGUCUAUGAUGAAGAAUGUUUCAGUGAUGUGAUUAGGUUUGAUGUUCAGAAAGAUGUGAAGUAUAUUUCUCAGCUCUGGGAGGGAAACCCACCGAUGGCUCCACCAAACCCAAAAUACUGUGAGAAUAUUCAACAACUAAAGGAAACUAUAAUGUCUCAUGCCUCAGAAUCACAUGGAAUAGUGCUGAAUGACUUCAAAGAUCAUAUUAAAGAUCUCUGGGAGGAUUUACUGAAUGAACGAUUUGUCUUUAGCUUCAGAAACUCUCUGAAGAUUUCAGCUUACAGGAAACUAGAGACUGAAUACAGGAAGUGGUCCUGGAGUCUUCGCAGUGCCAUGAUGGAAUCUGAGAACAAACUAUACAACAAAAUAGAAAAUGAAGCAAUUCAUGAAGUUGAGGAAACUGAUCUUCGGAUUGAUGCUCUGAGGACACAUCAUGAAAACACUCUCUGUGAAAAGAGCAAACAACUCGCCUUUAAACUCAGAGACAAAGCAAACGAUGAAGAAACACUGAAGAAAGUGUUUGAUGAGUUUUGGAAACAGUGGAUAAAGAUGAUCAUCAAAGACAUUCCUGCAGUCAGAGACAUUGACAUAAUGAGAGAUGUGAAAGAAAUCCUCAGUGACAUCAUUCGUCACAGGUCAACAUCAGCUGUUAUUUUUGGUGAGAUCAUCUGUGAGAAACUCAAAGAGCUCAUUGAGCAGAGCGUCUACAAGAAGACUGCCAGAUAUAUAGCAAAUUAUAUGAGAACAAACUUUGAAUCACUGAAUGGAAACAGAUCAAAUCUGGAGAAACACAUCCUGAAGACACUGGCAGAAGAGGAGGAUUUCAACAAAUACAUGAACUACAUCCAUAAUCCCAGAGAUCACUACAAGAGUUUUAUCAGAGAUGAAGUCAGGCGGUACAUCACUGAUCAGUUCAGUGUCAGUGUUUUACCCAAGAUGAAGGAGAACAUUGAACGCCUGCAGCAGGAGAUCAUGAGAGCAGCUCGUGAAUCUACUGAACAUGUUCAAGUGAACAGAGGAGAUGCUGGUUUGUGGUUGAAGAGUUUCACACAGCAGCUCUCAGAAGAGCUGAUCUUCUCUGAAAAACACCUCAGUGGAGUCAAACAUGAUUAUGUUGAGGACUUCAACCUCCUAGAAGAUGUGAUGAGACAAGAACUUCCUGAUAUAAUGUCUGAGAUCAGCAGCAGAUUCAACACAAAGUCAUUUCCAGUAAAUUUGGAUUAUAAUUUCAGACCAGAUGAGCUUCUGAUUGAUCACUUCUGUCAGUGCUGUUGGGUUCAGUGUCCGUUCUGUAAAUCUAUCUGCACAAACACCAUAGAAAACCAUGAUGGAGAUCACAAUGUUGCUUUCCACAGAGUGACUGGAAUUAAUGGACAUUUCUACAGAGGAACAACAAACUUGUGUAUUAGCCUCUGUACAACAGCAGUAGCAAGCGAUCAAUGUUUUUACCCCAAUGGUGGAAAUGAUAAAUUCCUCUGGAAAGAAUACAGAAAAGCAGGAGGAGUUUAUGCAUACUGGAGCAUCACCCCUGAUGUCUCUGAACUGCCCUACUGGAAGUGGUUUGUGUGCAGAUUCCAGAGAGAUCUGGAGAAACACUACAAUAAAACAUUCCAGGGAUGUGGUAAAAUACCACAUGCAUGGAGAAGAUACUCAAAACAGGAUGCUAUUGAGAGUUUGGAUAAAUGCCUUUAAUUGAAGAAAUGAA